AUGCCGUCCAAGUUACGAUUUUUGAUAUGCCUGCUCACGACACUGGCGUUGGUUUUUCAAAUCAUUCCUAUUGUUUCCUCACCCAUUUCUUCACAUAUUUAUCUCUCUCGCUACGACGGCAGGCGCUUCGGAGUUUUUGGUUGGUGUUCUGAGUCCUCCAAAUCUUGCACCCCUCGUCGAAUCGGUUAUUUAACUGAAUGCCAAAAAGCUAAUUACAAUGGUCAUAUCAAUAAGCUUGCGUGUGAUGCGGUGAAUCCUGAGGAUGAGUUCCUUCCAUCUCGCGCGAAGCGAGUAGUUUCAAGACUCUUGAUCGUUCAUCCUAUAUCACUCUUUUUCGCAGGUUGGUUUUGGCUACUAACGAUUGCCGUUAACGCACAAAGGUUCAGACACUCAGGAAGAAUCAUCACUGGAGCGGUGCUGUGGUCACUGCCGACCGUCUUUUUGUCGUUGCUAAGCUUUUUGAUUGAUAUAUUACUCUUUGUGCCAUUUUUGGCAUGGCCGGGCUGGCUUCUAUUUGUAAGCACGGUUAUGACAGCCGUUGCUUCCUGUAUGAUGUGCGGCGUGCGAAGGUCCGUGUCAAUGCAGAAAUACGAAAAACUACACAAUACAGACCAUGUCGAGUUAUUUCACCUGCAUUUCGAGAAACCCGCCUCUGAAGAUGCAGAAAAUUCUCAGCAGCAAUCGAAUGGAUCUGACAUUCAGUCAGAACUGCCGCUGGAACGACCUGGGCUAAUUCAUCGGGCGAUGUAG